UUAUUGAUCGUCAGUGGUAUCCUGCAUUUUCGGUAGAGACCAGCUACGAAACUCCAAAGGUCGGUUGGUUAGCGGCACGGUCAUUUCCUUCGAUUAUUUCGUAGCUUAUUGUCGGCGGUCUUUUGCCCUCAAACCUCACCUUAUUCAGUUAUUGAACCAACCCCUUUCUUACCGUUGAAGAUGUGGGAAUUGAGUAGAUUGGUAUACAUUUUCUCCGCGAUUCGAUGUUUUCAACAGAAGAGGACUCGCGGGAGAUUACGGACCCUUUUGUCGAAAGUUGUUUUCCAGCAAUUUGGUAUUCAUAUUAGGCAGAGGCUGGUAUGCCGAGUUACGUUUGACGAAAGAUAUUGCAAAGCAGCAAUUCGUAGGCUGUGCUCGUUGGUGGUUGAUAAUUUGGACAUCGAGCCCGCAUGGAAAUGUAUGAUUAUUCGGUGGUUGCGUGUUGUUUGGUGCAGGAAUGAGUCUGUUGGCGAUCUCAUUCAUAACUUUCGCCAGGUAUCACGUGGGGGGGGGUUCUAUUGUAGCUGUGCUAUUUCUGACCCGCCCUUUCCUCGCAUAGGCGGGCACAUGUCUUUUCGUAUUGGCUCGGUCAGUUUUUUCCCACCUUGCAUGCGCAAUUCCAAGAACCUACUUCGACCUGACAGAGAUCACCUUCUCGACUUUCUUGCUCGACAGAUUUGUGAUUAUUUUCGGUCCAUCACUUCUCUCCCUGCUUUUCAUAAUGGACUAUUUAUUUGGUUGUCUUCUCAAUAGCAGACCUUCUUUUUUUUCUUCUUCUUCUGCAUUCGAUCUUGAUUUCUCGGUAUGUUCAGUUAAGGAACAUGUCGGUAGACUUAACGAUUUGGUAUAUUGCGCAUUGGACCAUAACGUAGGAUAUACCUAUGUGUGUUGUCCAUCUCAGUAUGGUAAUGGUAUGAACAAUUUAUUUCUGAACAAUUCGGUCUUCUUGCCUGUGUCAGAAUCGGAGGAUGAUGUUCUCAUUUCAUGUAGAAAGCAGUACGACGAUGGCAAGUUCAGUACGAUUGACAAAUGGAACAGGAAAGGUAAGUUUGGGAGGGCGUAUGGACUACCUAAACACAAGGACGUGCUAAGAUGGCGGCCUAUAUGUCCAUCAUAUUUUGAAGGAUCCAACGCCGAAGGAAAGAGGGUGGCCAGGGCAGUGAAUUGUAUGUUGUGGAGGAUUCCAGAUGCUAUGCACUUCAAUCUUCGCUCUACCACUGAGGUCAUGACACGGAUCUACAACAUCAACAAAGGAUUGAAAAAAGACGAGGUACUGGUGGGUGGUUCGUUCGACAUCAAAGAAAUGUUUUCUAAUUUUUCGCAUCAGUUUAUCUUGCAGUCGCUUCAAUGGAUGCUGGAAUUCUGGAAGAGUCAGGUUUUUGUCGGUGUUUUGGUUUGCUUGCGUGGGAAAAAGGUACGACUGGCGAAAGGGAAAGGUGAAGAUGGUUGAGUUCUUAUCACAUCCGGUAAGAUCAUGCGUUUUGUCGUGUACGAUCAGGGUAACACUUUCCUGAUGGCUGCCGGUAUCUUGAUCCAACAGAUUGUUGGAAUCCCUACGGGGAAACCGAUCAGCCCGACAUUAGCUUGCCUACUUUGUGCAUAUAAUGCGUCCUGUUUUUUUACCGGUCUGCAUGCAGAAAGAAUGUUGGUGGUAGGUUGUAGAAUUGUCGAUGACAUGUCUAUUUUUGUGAAGUACAAGGUCUCGGAUCCGGAUUCAUUAAUGAGGGUCGAAAAUGUGAUCAGACAUUUUCGAACAUGCUAUGACAAAGGAUUGGUUCUGGAGAAAACCAACGACAGUCAGGAGUGGGAUUUUAUUGCGUGUUUGCUGAGGGUUGCAGAUAAUCCUUGCCGAAUCAUCUGUAUUGCCACGCAUAAAAACCAGCGGGCAGGAAUUAACAAAGAUUUUGGCUCCUACUCAAGCAAGCAACAAAAACUUGUUGUCAUCGGUUCCUUUUUUCACAGAGCUCGUACGUUUACUUAUGUUCCGGGACAUGAGCUUUCUUUUCUUUUUACUAUGAAGAACGAGUUGUGGUUGCGCGGCUACCCUGAUAGUUACUUUAAUAAUGCUUUGAUCAACUUUUCACGGAAGUUUGCAUUGUGUUGGGAUCAUUGGAUUCCAGUACUUACACGAUGAGACAGGUUUUUGAGGUAGUGGUCAUCUCGCUGUAAGACAGGCGCCUUCAUCCUUUUUCAGUUUUCCAGUGUUCGGGUUUUUGAAGAUUGGGGAGUGCAUGGUUGUUGGGUGGUCAUUGGUUGAUGUAGUUUUCUUCGUUUGAACAUGUAGCCGGUAUCCGGAGACGGUGUGGGACCAUCUGUUGUCUAUGGGACCACUGCCUGUUGGUACACUAUUAUGGACGUAUGCUGUUGCAGAGUUGAUAAGUGCGGUACCUUUCGCUGCAUGAGGUUUCGAACCGUGGUCAUCUUUUUUAGGUAGUUUUUGGUAAUGUUUUUUGUCUCCUGAAGUUCCGAGCAGUAGACCUGUGGGUUUCAGUCCCAAGGUUGUUGCGGAGAUCUGCAGGUUUCAGUCCGCGGGUCGGUUUUGAGUCAGGGUUUUGGUCCCUGGACUUGAUCUGUGGUAUGACCGGAAUUGACACUCCGAGGUCAUAACAGUGGCUAGUCGGUUGUUGAUGAAGGGUCUUUCUGAUUGCUACUAGCUAGACAACUAAGUACACAAGUAUAAAUUAGGAUGUAGUCAUUGUUUUGCUACCUCACAACCGACAAGAACCUUGAUGAGCUGUCGGUGGCGGCCGACCGAAACUGGUCGGGUCAACUCUGCCUGGAUUCAAUAUUUCAUU